CGCUCCCUCCCCAUUGCGCUCCCUCCCCAUUGCGCUCCCUCCCCAUUGCGCUCCCUCCCCAUUGCGCUCCCUCCCCAUUGCGCUCCCUCCCCAUUGCGCUCCCUCCCCAUUGCGCUCCACAUCCGGCCGCCAUGGGCGACUCUGGUGAUGGCUGGCAUACUGUCAUGCCAACUUCCCAUUCGGCAGUCGAGCGUCUACCUCGGGCGCAGCUGGAGGCAUACGAGAAGCAGGUCUUGAGGGAGUUGGAUGCAACGAGGGGGCACUGGUCUGGCAUAGGCAAGCAUACCCCCGCCAACGACUUCACAGAGGCAAAGAAGCUCCAGUUCCGGUUCAAGCCAGCCCCCGACAAGAUACUUGGCUCCGGCAGCUAUGGCGUCGUUGAGAAGGUUCACUUCUUCCACAAUAAUCGCACUGUGUGCCUGGCCAGGAAACACAUACAACGUAACCGCCGCGUGACAAUACAAAAGCUGCGCGAGGAGGCCAAUGUCAUGGAGAAGCUCGAUCACGAGCACAUCGUUAAGCUGGUUGGCACCUAUUGCGUCCGGCCCCACGAACUCUUCAUCUUGUUGUGGCCUGUGGCCGUUUGCAACCUCGACAGUCUUUUCAACGACCUGGACUGCCUCAGAGAAGGCCAAGGUGACCGUGAUGACAUUAUUAGCCGACUGCAAGCACUUAAAUUGGAUAAUUUGUCGGCCGUUGAGCACCGGCGCCCGCUCCCCCACGCCGGCGCAGGCGAGGGCAACUGUCCCCUCAAGUACCUACAGCAAAUUACCGGUUGUAUCACUCGAGCAGUCGCAUUCUGUCAUGGGCAAAACAUCCGCCACCUGGACCUCAAACCCAGCAACAUCCUGCUCAACGCGGGGCGUGUAUACCUGGCCGACUUUGGCAUCGCAAAAGAUGUCAACGACCGAGACCACACCAUGACGCUGGGACAACAAGGAACAUUAAAAUGGAGGGCUCCAGAGAUAUACCAGAUCGAGACUGAAUGGUCCAUGAGGGCUGCAGACGUCUAUUCGCUCGGCCUCGUGCUGCUGAACAUUGCAACAAUUCUAUACGGCGCAACCAUGGCCGACUUUGAUACCGUGGUUGGAGAUCUGUCGCCCCGAGGCCGGGCCGAGAAACUGAGGCAAUACCACAUUAGACUUGAGCCGAUGGCGCUUGCAACACAGGAAGUGGAGGACGUCAACGCCCCAACGUUUGCACCCAAGCACAUUAUCGGCCUGACGUCAAAUAUGCUCUCGCUGGAUCCCUCGGCCCGCCCAGUGGUUGACCAAGUCGACACCGAGCUUGUGGAGUUGGGCGGUAUAGAUCAGAUCUACCACUCGCCCUGCUGCAAAAAGAGGAGUCGCUUUGUAACGGAUCGCAUGAGCACUAGGUAUAAACAGGCUGUGGAGGAGCGGAAUCGUCUACGAGUCGAGUAUGGAGACCUAGCCAAGCGUCUAGAGGUUCUUGAACGUAAAGACGAGACAUACGAAUCUCGCAUUCAAAACGAACGCCGAGCUCACGCCGACAAGAUAGCUGCCUUGCAAGAGCAGCUUGAUAAAGAGCGCGCUGAACGCAGGAAGCUGGAGGGUCAUGUUGCGGAGAUACAGGGGAGAAGGCCACCUCGUCCCAGCAUCCCGCGGCCAGGGUCAGAUCGCUCCGUUCCUGGGAGCAGCCCUUCCCCUGGUCUGACGAUGCGGGCGAAGCCACCAACACACUUGAUACCCAAAACCACCCCACCACUACCUUCGCCGUCGCCCUCACCGCUGCCGCAGCCGCUGCAGAGAAUCCGAACGCCGACCGUCACGUUUAAUCCCCGUCUCACCUACUCCCAGACGGUGGCCACUGCUGGAAUUCCCCGCGACUUGCCUUCUGUUUCCGCCCAACCUUCAGACGCUAUUGUCAGCUCGUCGGUUACCACAUCAGGUCCAAUACCUGCGUCUGAUGGUACUCCCAGUCCUGAUCCAGUAGGGUUUCCACUACGAUCUCGGAACUCUGGCUCUCGCCUGCCUCGUGCAGUCAACCCUGCCACACCCAUUCGAUCCAACACGCCGACUCUCAACCGCGAUCCAUCAUCAACGGACAGCACGCAGUAUAGCAUGGCCAGCUCCACCUUCAGCCGCCGCAGCAGUAUGCCCCUGAAAUACGCCGAUUCGACAGCGAAGACAAGUGUCGCAGGAACCCCGGCAUUGGGUAGCCCGGCUGUCAACGACUUUGCAACAAGAGGCAUAGACUCCAAUGGCAACCCCACUUCGGUCAGGUCUGAGAGAGAUGCGGUGCCGGACAUAGGCCUGGGGAUCAUGGAGCGGAGGGAGAGCGUCACAACCGAAGGCCAGAGCGUCCGGGAUACGGCAAGCGUGGUCAGCUCGGCAGCUGUGCCGGGGACUUCAAGCCCCAUGUUUGGCGGGUCGGCGCUGUCGUCCCCCCGCGCUGCCCAUGCCGAACUUGAUGGCAGCGUCAGAGUUCCGUCGUUGCCUACAGCCAAAAGCUGGGCCGACGUGGCAAAGAGACAGAGGAAGGGUUGAUGAGCAUAUAAGAAGUUAAAAGGGAACCAUGUCACGGUAUAUAGCAAGCGAGGAUUGCAUUGGUAAUCUUUUUGGGGGUUUGGAUACCCUGUCUUUUGCGUCCGCUUAAUGGGCGUGCGUGAUUGGAUGUGCACGGUUGCUCCGUAUACGUAACCACUAGACGCGCUGCAUUCUUGUUUAAGAUGUCCGUAAUCACCGCUGAUUUAUAUCAGCGAUUUGUCGAAAUAGCCGAGGGAAGACAAAAUUAAAAGCAAAAAGAGACCUCCAAGUCAGCAAUUGCCUAACAUAACACAACAAGGUUUAGCAUUCCGCCCAACUUG